CCCGAGGAGCUGUGCUGCCCCGUGACGUGCGAGCUCAUGAAGGAUCCCGUCAUGGCCGACGACGGGCACACGUACGAGCGCGUCGCCAUCGAGCAGUGGUUCGCGACGGGGAAGCGGACGUCGCCGAAGACGAACGAGUCGCUGCCGUCGACGGUCGUCCGCCCGAACCACGCCGUGAAGAGCAUGAUCGCGGGCUUCCUCGACGCGUGCCGCCGCUCCGGCGUCGCGCCCGACGACUGA